CGUUGACGAAAAAUAAAACGAAAAAAUAACAAAACUGGCUUAACGACUGAUGGCACACGUCGUACCCUCCCUCGACCAGCCCUCAAACUACAAGGACUCUCAAUCAAAAGUCGAUAGACAGAAGCAGAACGAUCUUCUGUCCAAGUCGACGACGCUUUAUGUUGGUAAUCUGAGUUUCUACACGACUGAAGAACAAAUAUAUGAGUUGUUCUCUAAAGCUGCCAGUCCUGAGGAAGGAGGAGGCGUGAAGCGAAUUAUCAUGGGACUCGACAGGAAUACUCGAACACCAUGCGGCUUCUGCUUCGUCGAAUACUACUCUCACGCAGAAGCGCUCGCAUGCAUGCGAUACGUCAACGGGACAAAACUCGACGAACGCGUCAUCCGAUGCGACCUCGACCUUGGUUACCGAGAAGGCAGACAAUUCGGUCGAGGCAAGAGCGGAGGACAAGUCCGAGACGAGCAUCGAAUGGAUUACGACGCAGGACGUGGAGGCUGGGGUGCACAAGCACAGAGAUUGGAAAUGGAGAGACGACGUGAGGUGGAGGCUAGAUACGCUGAUGCGCAGGAUGGGCCGGGAGCUGUUGCUGGUGGUGGUGGAGACUGGAAGGCGGCGGCUGUUCCGGAGCCGAGCCUUAAGCGCGGAAGGUCGCCAGAGGACGAUGCUUUUAGAGCGGGCCAGAAAAUGCGCACAGAUCAGGACGGUGAAGCGGAGAGGAUGUAAUAAAGUAUCUCUAUUCCUGUGUUAGUUCAUUCUGCUAUCUGUAUCAUUUUUCC